AUGACAUCUUAUUUAUUUGAAGCUCCAAGUCAUUUUAGCAAUUAUCAAUCAUUGAACAAAAAACAUAUCAAUGGAUCUUUCAAAACACAAUACGUUGAGGAUUUUGAUUCAAUUAUUAUUUGCUGUAAAUUGCCAAAUGAUAAGAAAUUAUUUGAUGGUUCAAUACGUUUAAUGAAAUGA